GUACGGCGUGUUGGGAGUCCCGACGAGUAGCAACAGUCGAAACUCACCUGCCCUUUCUCCUUCUGAUCCUCUGCUUUUUCCCAAACAGAUGAACAAAUAUCCGCUUCUAAGACCGCAGACUGCGGGGUGCCUUGGUUGCUGCUCCCGCUGGGUGGGCUGGUGGGGCUUGCCGGCGCCCGGCACUUGAUCCGGCCGUGCGGCAGAUACCUCGGUAGUGCCCCGCCGUGGCCGGUGGGGUGCAACCUCCUUAUCCGGAGUCUCCGAGCGCAACAAGUGAAGCGGCUCACCUCUUGUCCUGGAACCAUUUCAGAAAAAGCCCCUUUUAUCUGACCCUGACAUCCAGCGACGGGGCCGCCGAAUACCCCCCUUUUGAUAGCCAUCACAAGACUCACUGCCCGCACCACCACCGCGGCCAAGCGAAUCUGCACCACCUUCACCUCACAAUUCUCUUGCACAGGUAGAUAGCCAAGACACCCAUCCUUGAACCACUCUCAUCCCAAAGCGCCCCGCAAAAAAGAAAAUGGCCCUCGACCUCGGCUCCCUCCCGCCACCGCCCCCCAUCUCGCGCCACACCGUGCAGAUGGCCGGCCUGCUGGUCGACGUCUACGGCCUGGCCGAGCUGCGCCCCGGCGCCGCCCGCGUCUCCUGCCUCUGGCUGCACCACCCGCGCACGCGCAGCAAGGAGCACAUGGCCGACAUUGCCGCGCGGUGCGUCGGCGCGUGGAACGCGCGGAGGGAUGGCGCCGAUGCGGAUGCGGAUGCCGCGGCGGCUGGAGGAAGGGAGAGGGAGAGGGGCCUGCUGGCGCUCGCGUACGACCAGCGGAAUCACGGCUCGCGGUUGGUCGAUGAGCGGGCGAAUGCGUCGUGGCGGGAGGGGAAUGCCAUGCAUGCCGUGGAUAUGUUAGGCGUCGUGCAGGGGAUGGUUGCCGAUCAGAGGGUUCUGCUGGACCUCGUGGAGGGAUAUCUGUUCCCCAAUGCGGAGGGGAAUAGGAAGAUUGACCAGCAUCUGGCGCUGGGAGUGUCCCUGGGCGGGCACAGCGUGUGGCAGCUGAUGUUUGCCGAGCCGAGGGUCGAGGCGGGAGUGGUGGUGGUCGGGUGCCCCGAUUACAUCAAUCUCCUGUCCGACAGAGCGAGGCUGUCAAAGCUGUCGACGUAUUCCGUCCAGGAUAACGGCGCGUCGUUCUUGGGGAGCAAGGACUUCCCGCAGUCGCUGGUCGCUGCGUGCGCGAAGUACGACCCCAAGGCCAUCUUUUUCGGUGCAUCUGCCGUUCCCGGCGCCGAGGCAUCGGGGGCUGCGGACGAAGCCGCGAGGAAAAUCGUGCGGGAGCGGCUACGAGGCAAAAAGUUCCUGCUCUGCUCCGGAGGCGACGACAAACUGGUGCCUUACAGGUGUUCAGAGCCGUUCCUGCGCUGGUUCAAGCAGGCGACGGAAUCUUGGUUCAAAGAAGAGAACGUCUCGGUCGACGACAGAGUCUAUCCCGGGGUUGGGCACUCGUUCAGUGCUGACAUGAUCUCGGAUUCGGUGCGCUUCGUUGUGGAUGCUGUUGCUGGUGCGGACAAGGAGGUCGCUGUCGGGAAUAUUGAUGAACAGCGGGCCUCAAAGAUCUGAGAAUGGGAGAAAUAAGAAGGGCUCAUUGGCUGCCUCUUCUAGAACGGAGGGAGGUAGCCGGUGGUGAGAAUUCGAUGGUUUCCCUUUGUGAGGGUUGACAAAGACUCGAAACCCUGCAUUCUCAGGGGGCUCACAACCUAGGCCGCAGGCCUGAGACAAGCACUCCCUAGUCUAGGGCCACAUAUUUUGGUAGCAGCA